GUAAAUAAACCGCCUUCCCGCGCAGUCUAACCGGUUCAGUUCAGACGUCCAGAUUCACAGAUAAACUAUCAAAAUGGACGAAUUAUAUUUGGAUAACAUCGACGAAUAUGUCAACGACCACAACAAGAUAGUGACGUAUAAAUGGCUGAGUCUCACUCUGGGAGUUCAUGUCAACACCGCCAAACAGAUGCUCUUCCAUUACUUGGAUCACAAGAGGAAGGAGAGUUCAGCACAGCUUCAUGCCACGUAUCUGGUGUCAGGGAAGUCUGUGGACAAGGGACAAACGAGUCACAAAGUGUCGGUUGUCAGAGAGGAACAGUUAGAAGAUUGCAAGUCCAAGAUGAGCCUGAUUGUCAGCGUGCAUGUGUACAGUGUGCAGAAGGCUUUGCUGAAAGAUAGCGGCCCGCUCUACAGUGUCGACUAUGAUGCUGUGAAAGACAACCUGAAGGACUGCAGCAGAUACAGUGCAAUCCGCUGUGCCGACGCCGUGCCCAUGUCGUCCCUGGAGCUGCAGCAGGUGAGAGAACCGCAGCGAGCCCCGACACCGGAGCCUGAACCCAAAAAAACUGGAACGAACGGAGACGUGGCGCAUGGGACUUCAAAACCUGCCGCCAAGCAGCAAAAAGGCAUCAUGGGAAUGUUUGCGACUAAGACGGCUCCUAAGAACCAGGACGCUGACAAAGAGGUUAAAACAGAGCAGAAGGAGGACGCACCUGUGGUUGAUGCCCCCAAAAGCAAACCGGCUGCAAAGACCAACCCCAUGACGAACUUCUUUGGGACUCAAACAGCAAAGAAACCAGAGAAAUCGGUGAAGCAGGAGGAAGCAGCUCAGUCGUCGUCCACAGCAGAGCAGCAACGCCAGAGUUCAAAACCUGAAGAGAAACCAAAAGCUGCUGCAGUGGAAGCACCGAAAACCUCCAAGAAAGACUCCAGUAAAACCAAGCGAAUUGAGGAUUCUGACAGCGAGGACGAGAUAAUGGAGAAGAAAAAGAGACGAAGGAUUAAGAAGCCCGAACCAGACAGCAGUGAUGAAGACAUUAUUCCAGAUUCUCCGCAGCAGAUGGAAACAAAAGAGAAAUCACCGAGUCCAAAGAAGAAGAAGGAGGCGGAGCCUGUUUCUCACAGACAUCAGAGCCACUCUGACAUCAAGACGAGAAAGAGGAGACGAGUCAUGAAAUCACGCACGUUUUUAGACGAAGAAGGAUGCAUGGUGACAGAGAAAGGCUACGAGAGCGAGUCGUACUCUGAAACAGAAGAUGAUUUCAAGCCCACCAAGCCGGCCCUGAAAGAUCCCGUCCCUGCAAAACUCUCAGCGAGCAGCAAACAAGACGAGAAGAAAAGUCAGAAGAAAACAUCUGCUAACGCGAACAAAGGAAGUAAACAAUCUUCCAUCAUGGGAUUCUUCCAAAAGAAGUGAUGGAGGGCAGCGAGUGACGCUGUGAUUGGCUCUGAGGGAUAACGAGCGCUGCUGCAGACUUUUCUGGGACAAAACACACAUCACAUCUGCGAUGGAGGAAUACAACUCACAUUGCAGAAGGACUACAACUACAUGGCAAACGUUUGACUUCACUGUUACCAGCUGAUACAAUAAAUAUUCAAAAAAUGAAA